CUCGUGGGAAGCCUGAGGUUAGGUCGAGCUGUUCCGCCUCCUACAAACUGGCAGCCGCUGUAGCUAGCAAGUAGAGCAGAUGUUAAUUUGGAUGCACACACAUUGAAUGAAAGUCAAUGUGGAAGGCUGUGGCCAGCAGCAGCGACUGAGAAUAUCUGCACACAGUAAAGUUAUCUUUCAGUGUAGAUGUUAAGCACCUGGUGAGAUUUAAUCGGAAACAGAUAGGCUCACACAUUGGCGAGAGAUAGAUUGAAGAAAUUUGUGGAAGGAGACGGACCAGGUGGUGAGAGGCGAUGCAGCGGGUCACGGCGCAGCUCGUCGCCGGGCUGGUCGCAGCGGUGCUGUCGCUGCUGUCCGGACAGUGCAGGGCGGACGGCGGGGGCCCCAGCCUCGCUGAACGGGUCAUCUGGGCUGUAAAUGCCGGGGGAGAAGCGCAUGUGGACGUGCACGGUAUUCACUUCAAAAAGGACCCGUUGGAAGGGAAAGUUGGAAAAGCAUCUGAUUAUGGUGUGCGUCUGCCAAUACUGCGCUCCAGUCCAGAGGACCAGAUCCUGUACCAGACAGAGCGCUACAAUGAGGACACUUUUGGAUAUGAUAUUCCCAUUCGUGAGGAAGGAGACUAUAUACUAGUUAUGAAGUAUGCAGAAGUUUACUUUGCUCAGUCACAGCAAAAGGUGUUUGACGUCCGUCUAAAUGGCCAUGUAGUGGUGAACGACCUGGAUAUUUUUGAUCGAGUGGGCCACAGUACCGCUCAUGAUGAGAUAGUGGCCUUCUCUAUUAGACGGGGCAAGCUGAGCGUGCAAGGAGAAGUGUCCACUUUCAACGGCAAGCUCACUGUGGAGUUUGUAAAGGGUUAUUAUGACAACCCAAAGGUCUGUGCGCUCUACGUAAUGAAGGGGACAUUAGAAGAUGUACCAAAACUUCAGCCUCACCCUGGUUUGGAAAAGCCUGAAGAGGGGGAGGAUGAGGAUGAUGAUGGUGAACCAGGAGAGGGAGGCGGGACGAAAAAGGUCUCACCAGGUUCGAAGUACAGGGUCCAGUCAGGCCCCCGAACACCAAACCCAUACGCAGCUGACAACAGCAGCCUAAUGUUCCCCAUCCUCGUCGCGUUCGGGGUGUUCAUCCCCACACUGUUCUGCCUCUGCCGGCUGUGAGCUAAAACUAGCCGUGGAGGAGAUUUCAGGAGCGUAUGAUGGAUGUGGGACUAUGACGAGAGAGUGGGGGAGAAACGGGGGGGGAGGGCCGGGUCAAGAUGGCAACAGCAGCAGCAGCAGCAGCAGCACAGGUAAAAGCAUACACGCAGGAUAGAGCUGAAGGCUUGGGGGAAAAAUCAGGACGACGGAGGACGAAACGGGACAAUAACUCUUUGGAAAGCCACAGCAGGAUGAAGCAAACACUGUCGAGUUGUACCAUUGUGGAAGGCAAAGCAGAUGUAGGAAGUGUUUGCUGCGCGCUUCUUUGUGAAUGUGUUUCGCAUCCACCUCUGCUGACCUUUUUGAACAAUGUUAGUCAUUUCCACUCAGAGGCUGGGCAGGAUUUACAGACGCCAGUCUUCAUGGGUUGACACCACAUUUCCGCAGCUAAGGGAUGCUCAGGAGCGAUUGAUCUGGGCCCAUUUUGUAAAAUAAAAACCUUGUUUUUGUACCGGGUGUAGCAAGGAAGCACACUCUGUUUAACACUCCUGCUCAGCGUCUGGUCACACAUGUUACCUUCAAAUUGGAAAUGGUGCUUCUUUGAAAUUGAUUACGUAGAAUAGAUGGUAAAUGGAAAUACAGUUGCCCCUUCGGAGACUUCUGUUUUUCUCAGUGUGGAAAUUAUUGUGUCUUUCCAUUCAGAUCUAGUCGGUCCUUCUGUUGACGUGCCAUCAUCUGCUUGCCAUAAGAUUAUAAAACAAACCGGCUCUGUAGCUGACUGGCUUAUUUGCUGCCUAAGUCAUCUUGCCUUUACAUAAAUAUAAGUAGGAUUUCACAGAUUUCACAUCUGUUGGUGAUGCGUGGUAAUGCAUAAUAGACAUCUUUGGCAUUGUUCCACCAAACACUGAUUCAGAGCCAUAGAAAGCGUCCUCUACAGUGAAAGUUUUUUUUUUUUUUUUUUUUUUUUUUUUUAUAUAUAUAAAUACCUUCAGUCGUUUUCUUCCAGAAUGGGACACCACAGCUGUAUUUAGUGAGAGGCAAAGUUUAUGCUGUGAAACGCUUACGUCAGGAUCAUUGCGUUGCUGUUUUAUGUGAUCUUUGUCAUUUCCCCUCCAUUCAUUAAUUCUGCAUGCCUUUUUUUUUUUUUUUUGUUCUCCCAAAGAAUGCCUUUCUUUGUUUCAUUAGGAAAUAGAAAUAUUGGUGGCCUGUUUAAUUUGACAAAUGGCUUGCUAAUUCAAUUCUCUCCACGCCUCCGAGGCCAUACAUCAUACACUUAAUCUGAAAUUGAUGAGAAGGGUAAUUUAUGAAAUUUAGUGGAAGAGUCUUUACCCCUUUCAGCGUCCAUCGAGGGAGGGUGGUAAUUUCUGAUUUAAAAAGACGAACGCUGCAUUGACUGUGGUGAUCCAUAAACUUUACUCAUCCAUCGGAUCUUAAACCGAGAGAACGAGCACCUCGGUGUUGAGAGUCGGUCCCGGUCAGUGCGUCCUCCGUGUCGCUCCGUGUGUGUGUGCCACAGGUUUGCUCAGCCGCAGCCAGCGAUGAAAAAGCACAACAUUAGCUUAAGUAGAAAAUCAAAUGUUUACCAGAUGUUCUAAGUGCAGCAGCGUCAUUGAAAUGUUCACAUUGUCCCCUCGUUAAUUUCCAUUCUAUUGUCUUAAAACAUUUUAAUGUGGACUUGUACCAUUUUGUUGAUUCACUGUGACCUUUCAGCGCCAUCAUGCUACAUCUCCUGGUCCUAGAAUUUAAUGGGCAAACCGGGGACAAAACGUAAUCUUAACGCCUUUCUGUUCUUUGAGUUAAAAAGAGAAAAAAGAAAAAAAAAUCUUCCUACAUGCCUAUGUUAUCAAAGUCUGCAAUGACUGUGUUUCUUUUUUUUUUAUUUACUAAAAAGCAGCUUUGUUCUUCA